GGGCUUCUUGUCUUUGAAAUGUUGUUGGUAUAAAAUUUAUGACUCUUCUUGAUACUAAUUACAAAUUCAAAACUGUAUAAUUGUAAGUGAAGAUUUUUAAGAUUCUAUCCAGUUCUAUGCGUUAGAUGCCGUUCUUAAAAUGAUUAAAUGCAUAUUUUACCAUUAUUCUGAAAUGUAGCCUUCUUAUUUUAGACACAAGACUGGAGAACGUAUGUUAAAAUGUGUUGUUUGCCAUCCAUCAGAUGAUAUUGUUGCUACUGGUGAUAAUCAAGGGCGAGUCCUUGUUUGGUCAAAUAUAUUUGACAGUAAGAGACCCAUUCGUUCCAUUUAUCAUUGGCAUACUCUUCCUGUUGCUGAUUUAGUAUUUUCUACUGAAGGUAGUUAUAUGUACAGUGGUGGUGGUGAAGCAGCUCUUGUGAAAUGGAAUUUAUUUUCUGAACAAAAAUCAGUUUUACCCCGUCUUGGAUCCCCUAUUUGUCAUGUAAAUAUAUCCACAGACAAUAGCUAUGUGGUUUCUGCACAUGAAGAUAAUGCCUUACAGAUAAUAAAUUCUCAAAGAAUAGUGGUUCAGCUAAUUCAAGGAUUGACUCAGGGCCACUUUCAAGGUACUAAGAGUGGAAACUUAUUGCCUACUGGUAUGGUGUAUGACCCUCAUACAAAAGCUAUUGUAAUGAAUGGAAGGCCUGGUCACUUGCAGUUUUACGAUAUAACCAAAGAUAAGCAGUUAUUUAAUUUAGAUAUUACAGGAAGAAAUUUUAUUAGUCAAGAAAGAGAUUCUGUCGUUUUAAACACAGAUGUGCACAAAACAGCAAUAGAUGACAGAGGUAUUUGGCUGGCAACUACAGAAUACUGGUAUGAUGAAGAGACUAGUCCACAACUUUGGUUAAAGUUUUGGGAAUUCGAUACCACAAAACAAACGUUUGGUUUGAACACAAAUGUAAUUUUACCUCAUAAUAAGGAAGUGAAUUGUAUUUUGUUUCGACCAGUAGAUGAUGCAGUCAGUGCAUUACCUCUUGCUGUAACUACAAGCAACGAUUGUAAAUUUAAAAUUUGGUCAUUACAGCAAGAUACAAAUUCAGAUCAAAAGCAAACUUGGAGCUGCACAUCUAUGGGCUGCUAUCGAGAUUUGCCUGCUGGUGAUGCUUGUUUUUCUGAAGAAGGCUCAUUACUUGCUGUUGCAUUUGGUAAAGCAGCCACUCUGUGGACUGUAGAUAGCACAGCACUCAAGGCGGUACUUUGUAAUGAUAAAUCAAAAAGAAAUAUUGUACAGACACAUUUUGGAAGAAAAUCUUACUGUCAUCUUUUAGUCUGUCAUGAUGGCACCUCAAUAACAGUUUGGGAUGUUCUGUCUUUAUCAAUAACUUGGAUUGUGCACACUGAAGUACAAAUUAUAGUAGGUGACAGAGCGUCUGAUGUUAUAGCAGCUUUCUGCCAGAAUCAAAACUUAAUUCUGUUCAGGCCUAAUGACCCUUUUCCUGUAUAUUCAUUGUCAAAUGCAAGUAAAACACCUGUUAUAUCUGCUGUGUUUGUAUCCAAAAAUACAAGCUGUGCAUCAAGAGGCUCAGCCAGUUUUUAUGAAAAAUCUCAACUCUAUUUUUUCAAUCAAGAACAGAAGUUACUUACUUUGACUGAUGAACCUGACACAGAAUUAGAAACUCUAGAUUCUACAAAGAGACUUAUUUCUCAAAAUAUUCCUAAAACUCCAUUUGGAAUGCUUCAAGCUGAGCAUAAAAUUUCAAAUGUUGAAAUUGUUAAUCCACAGCCACUGACCAUUCACACAAAGGGAGAUAUAAAAAUGGUCACUAUUCCAUGUCCUACUUUACAAGACCCGAUUUUGCUUUGUUCAAGUUUACUUAGUUCAUUUUUGAUACCCAAACAAAAUUUAGUCCAAUAAAUGCAAGAAAAAAUUCAA